CUCGAAGAAAAUGUGCUUUUCAAGUCAAGCCAAGCCUUCCGCUUCCAGUGAAGCCUCGGCUGAACGCAGAAGGGGAAAAGCUUCACUGAGAGAGUGAUCGAGGGACCGUUCUUCUAUGUGUAACGAUUGUGCGCCGUCCGAUCUGAGAGCCUUGGAGUUCGUUUUGCAAGAAGCCAUGGAGGUGGAGCAAGGGGUGGGGAUUUCAGGAUUUGUGGCGGUGAUGGCAUGUUUGGCGAUGGCGGUGUUCUACGUUGCAAUUCUGUACACUCCGACUUUGAUCCUCCGCCUACCGCCGCCGGCCUCCUUGGAAAGCUUCCUGGUUCGAAGGUUCAUAUGCGCCGCCGUCUCUUCCGUUCUCUCCCUCAUCUUCUGCUCGCUCAUUCUCCCUAUAAGAAGCUGGAAAGCAUCUUUUUUGUUUGGUGUUUAUGGCAUUCGACUUGACCACAUGUGGCAAGCUGUGGUCUAUCCUGUUUUGUUGACUUCUCUAAUGUACGCCGGGUCCGUGGUCCUAAAGUUGGCGUCACUGGUGAAUUCAUGGAAGGAGUACUGGAAUGCUGGUCAAGACCACUCAUCUAACUUUACAAAUAAUGUUUUGCAAAUAUGGAUUGGCAGAAUGUUCUCAAUUGCUUCCAAUAUUGCGGCAUGGCGUAAUUAUUUUGUGGCACCACUGACAGAAGAGCUGGUAUUUAGAGCAUGCAUGAUACCUUUGCUUCUUUGUGGAGGAUUUGGAACAUACAGUGUCAUAUUUUUCUGCCCCAUUUUAUUCAGCUUGGCUCAUUUAAAUCAUUUCUUGGAGUUCUAUUUCCAGCAAAAUUGUAGCUUAGUCAAAGCUUCCAUGGUUGCAGGUCUCCAGCUAGGUUAUACGGUGAUCUUCGGAUCGUAUGCAUCAUUUCUGUUUGUUCGGACAGGGCAUCUGAUUGCUCCUUUAGUUGCCCAUGUGUUCUGCAAUUGUAUGAACCUGCCUGUGUUGUAUUCACAGAGGAAUGGUUUUGUAAUUUGUGCAUCUAUUGCUGGUAUGGUGGGGUUUCUGUGCCUUCUUUUUCCUGCUACGAGUCCGGAUAUAUACAAUGACAGAAUGGAUAAUUGCAGAUGUUGGCAAAGAUAUUGUAGUUGGAAUUAAACAUGUAAACUCUUUAGGAGAAAAAACUUGUAUGAACAGAAACUGCAGAACGGGGAAGCCAGAAGAAUAAAAGAAGAAAAAAAUGACUACCAAAUUUUAAAUACAGUUGUAAGGAAAUUGUAAUUUGGGUGCUUUCUGUGGAUGAAACGUUGAUGAUAACCUUGGAUUGAGGU